AUGGAAGAAGCAAAUCCCAAGUCCACUUUAUCCCCACCUAAUACCUACAGGGCGGUUGUACUUGGUGGUACUUUUGAUCGCUUACAUGAUGGCCACCGCCUUUUUCUUAAGUCGGCUGCGGGAUUAGCAAAGGAUCGAAUUGUGGUUGGUGUUUGUGAUGGUCCAAUGUUGACUAAGAAACAGUAUGCUGAUCUGAUAGAGCCAAUUGACCUAAGAAUGCAACAUGUUGAAGCUUACAUCCAGUCUAUAAAACCUGAGCUGAUAGUGGAAGUAGAACCAAUAGUGGAUGCCUACGGUCCAUCAAUCGUCGAUGAGAAUUUGGAGGCUAUUGUUGUCUGCAAGGAAACUUUGCCUGGUGGACUAUCUGUGAAUAGGAAGAGGGCUGAAAACGGACUCUCGCUGCUAAAGAUCGAAGUUGUGGAUCUAGUCUUUGAAGAAUCAAGUGGAGACAAACUGAGUUCUACUGCUUUGAGAAAACUUGAAGCUGAGAAGCUCAGGGACCACCAUCCGAGAAGCCGGAGUUAACUUUUC